CCCACUUCUUCCUGUUAUCUCUAGCUAACGGAAGUCGUUGAUUGAGCAAAAUGGCAACCCCCUAUGUUGAAGAUGAAUCUGGGAAAUACAUUGCUGCUACACAGCGACCUGAUGGAACAUGGAGGAAGCCACGGAGAGUGAAGGAUGGUUAUACCCCUCAGGAAGAGGUCCCUGUCUACGAGAAUAAAUUUGUGAAGUUCUUCAAGAGCAAGCCGGACCUGCCGCCGGGCAUGAGCCCUGAGGACGCAUCUCAGCCCAGGCAGAAUCAGGGGAAACACGGCAAUGUGGAGUGUGAGACGUCUGGGCUCUCCAAGACAGCCAAGCGAAACAUGAAACGCAAGGAGAAGCGGAAGCAGCACGGCUCGGAUAGCAGUAUGGGAUUACUAACGAAUGCAGUCGAGCACGUGGUGAUUGCGGAGGGAGGUGACAGUGAGACGCCGGCAUGUAACCCAGCUGGAGCUGCUGACAGCACUUCGGCGGCAGCAACAGAAAAGGCCAAGAAGAUCAAGAACCUGAAGAAGAAGCUGAGGCAGGUAGAGGAGCUGCAGCUGAAACUGGACUCUGGGGAGAUCAAACAAGCUACAAAAGAGCAGCUGGAGAAGCUUGGUAGGGCCAAGGCCUUACAGGACGAGUUGCUGCUGCUAGAAGAGGAUUCGUGAGAAGACAGGUUGUCGGGAGGGCAGCAUUCAGCAGGCUAGUUUUGGAAGUUAGAGACUUGGAAUAUACAUCCGGUUCUGAAAGAAAUGGACAUUUACAACUGUGUUUACAGUGUUGAUGAGCUUCCGUCAAACAUUCUCCUGGAACUUGGUGUUAUCAGACAGCCAGUCUACAUGAACUUUGGCUCCGGAAUAUAAUGUGUACAUAAAUCCAGCACCUGUAGUUAUGUUGUUGACAUCUGAUCAUGCAUUUCUCACACUUUUUCCAAAACCAGCUACCAAAUUAGUAUGAGCCAGUCUUUGUCCUCAUUUCAAAUGUACUUACAAAAAAUGUAACUGUUGGGGGGCAUAUGAACUGAACAGUGGGGCAUGUGGAAUGUCCAUUGUCAAUGCCAAAUGGAGUGUCAACAUUUUUUAAUUUUGUUUAGGAGAUAAUGUUAAUAUACGUUGACUUGAGUGUUUUACUUGUGCAUUUUAAUUAGCAGGACACACAAAUCCCUAAGUCAAUCCUUCCAGUUCUUCUCUCUAAACUCCCUUUUGCCUUUAUUUCACUGACUCCGAAUUGUCUGGGUUCUACUGCUCAAUUGCUGAUUGCUCACAUAUGCUCAUAUUAGUCCUGCAGAAAAAAAGGUCUUUAAAACGUAUCAUACUAAUAGGAUACACAAACUGUGUAAUUUGUCAAAUGCCCAGAGUUUGAAGACAAAUUAAAAAUGAACUGGUUUAUUAAUGAUGGUUAAUGUGUUCCAACCACAAGCUGAAUUCUCAGAUUUGUUGCUUCCUGUCCAUUGUCGUAAGUUACAUUUAUUUUGACAUUGGCCGGUACGAUAUCUGCUGUUAACAGCAAUAUUAGCAUGUGGUCUCACAGCAUUUGGAAGCAUAAAACAGGUUUGUGUAAGCAAGAUAUUGGUGUGUAGCUGGUUGGGCGUGUGUUGUCUGUGUCUUCAUUUAACUUUUUAUGGGCUGGGGGUGCAACAAAUAACAGAAAAUAUUCAAAUGUGUUGUAGAGAUGAGAUUUGUAUUUCUUUCAGAAUUAUUAAACCUGUAGACCUACUCACCAAACAGCCAUAAUGCCAUUCCCAAAAAUGCAUGACAAGGUCAAUGUAGCUGAUAUGCUUAACUAAUUAUGAACCACCAGACUAAUUAAGGAAGAUGUUAAUUUGGUAUGUUAUAUACCUUUUAAUGAUCACACAGAGCCUAGUUUGACUGGAAAUUUCCAGUUAGCUAACGAGUUGCAUGGAGAAAAACAAGUUUUUAUGAGCCCAGUCACACGACCCAAUAAUUGAAAUUGUUUAACAGGCAAAUUGUUUAACCGCUUUGAUGGCCUCUGUUAAUAAUCUCUGGAUCCAGGCGUUGAUCAGGUUUUAUUGUCACAAGUAUCUGACAUUGUUUUGUUAUAGAAUUGGCUGUGGGAAGUGCAUUCAUUUUGCAGCAAAGCUCACACCAAAAAUAAAAUGAAUGAAAUAAAAUGAGAAGGUCUCGACGGAAAGCCUUUCCCCAAAAUCUUAUUAAAUGUUAACAUCCUAAAUGUCUACCUGGCCUAAAGGUAUAAGGAUUAUUAGAAAUUCCAUUCCAUGAUACCAAAACACAGGUACCCAAACAACACUGUUAAGUACAUGUGCACCUGAAUUAAUGAGUUACUACACAUAAAACAUCACUUUGUAUUCCUUUUCUUUGAAACAACUUUGAUUUUGAGAGUGGAAACGAGGGGUGUCUUGUGUGGCUCGAUAGAGCGUGGGACUACCAUUACCAGGGCUGUGGGUUCAAUUCCCACGGGAGACCAGUAUGAAAAAUGAAUGCACACGCUACUUAACACCGCCAUCCUCCACCUAAGGAAUGCAACGCAGUCCUUUGACCGUGUGUUUUGUAAGAACAUAGUUUUUUCUGUGCAAAUCAAUCUCAUUGGCUAUUUUAGGUUUAUAAUAUUGUCAAAUUAUGCUGAAAAUUGAAAUAAAUGUUAAAAUGAAAGGCGCAAUUUGAACAAUGUGUGCAUGUUACAGUCUUUUUUAUUUGUGGGGCAAGUCGUUUUGACCUUUAGGCAACUAUGUUACCUGUACUUCCCCUAUGGGCAGGUGCCUUUCAUAAAUGAUUGUCAGUCGCUGUAGUUGUGGUACUAACAUUUCCUUGUGCUGUGUGUAUUGUGCAUUUAUUUUUGUCCUUUUUUACCUUUAUCUGUCAAAAGAAGAUCAUAGAUUACAAUAUUAUGUAGUAGUCUAAAUGCAUUAAAAAUACAGAAGUCUCCUAUUCA